CUAGUACCAUCUUGAAGCAAGAAUUAAAUUUCUUCAUCUGCCACGCCGCUGAAUUGAGGUACAGCCGUACAGGAGAGGGGACGUCUGGAUUUCACCACGGGGUUCACAAAAUUGAAAUGGAACAAAACACUCCUGCGGUGGAUCAGAAUGAGUUAAUAUGUGAUUCAGGGGAUGUUGGGUGGAAGACUGGAGUUCUUGUUGAUAAGAAGAAUCUGAAUAUUGUAAGGUGUACGCUAUGUGAAAAAAUUACAAAGGCCGGUAUAAAUAGGCACAAAUUUCACAUAGCAGGGAUCAAGGGGAGAGGUGUUAAACCAUGUCCUAAUGCAAGUGUUGAGCAAAAAAAGGUGUGCCAUGAAGCACUU